AUGGUGGAUGCUCUCGUGAUCUCUUGGAGGCCGCAGGGACUGAGCGGCAUCUCGGCGGAGGCGUGGCCUGCGAGCUGGCUGCCUGCCGAGAUGCAACGGAAUGGGGUGGUGGAAUGCAGCGUUUGCCGCUCCCGGGUGGUAGUGCCGAGCCCCCAGAGCGUGUCCAGGGCAUACGACAAGCACCGCAGCAAGAUGUCAUCCAAGUUCCGCGCGCUCAACGUCUUCCUCGUCAUCGGUGACUGCAUCCUUGUUGGCCUCCAGCCCAUCCUAGUGUUCAGUGGUGGAUCCACGGGCGGGGCCCCCCGGCCAGAAAGUUUUAAUAUUCUUCGAGGGCAUUCAAGGGCCACAAUGUUUGUCAUAUGUAACAAUGCUGCACAAGGCAUUCUAUCUUCAUUCUUCUUUAAGUAUGCAGACACAAUUUUGAAGAAGUAUUCGUCAACUGUUGCCACAAUAUUUACUGUCCUCGCUUCUGCUGCAUUCUUGGGGCAUACCUUGACCAUUAAUUUUGUCCUGGGCAUAUCAGUGGUGUUUAUUUCAAUGCAUCAGUUCUUCUCUCCACUUGCUAAAGUCAAAGAUGACAAACCAGCUUACUUAAUAGAGUUGGAAGAUACCCAAAAUCACCGGUCAUCUGAAUCUUCUUUUGUAAAUAUGACUGCUGGUGCCGCUGAUGAUGCGAGCCAUCGGAUUGGAACUGAUGAGAGGCAACCGCUGUUGCCUACAUGA